CGGGGUUAGAUCCUCCCCUCAGGUUUAGCUUCUCAGAUCUCUCCCCAAAAAAGAUUAGGGUUUCAAAAUCUCCCAAAUCGACGAAUCUUCUCUUCAGUUUUUCGUAUUGUAGGUCCCGUCAAAUCGACGAAUUCUUCCUGUGUGUGUUGUUUAGUUUUUGGAAAUCGAAUUGGAAAAAGAAAAAGAGAUAAGAAAAAUAGGGAAAGAAAAAAUGGAGACGCAGAGGAUAAUCGAGUUUCCUCACAAGAAUAUGGAUAAACGGCCCAGGAAAAGGCCCAGAUUAACGUGGGAUAUGCCUCCUCCUCUUCCUCCUCCUAAGGUUCUUCCGGCAAUAUAUUGCGGUCAGGAAUUCGGGAAUGGAGGGAUCGCUAAUUUUUCUUAUCCUAAUAAUAUGUUUUACAGGGGAAUUCCUCGCAAUGGCUCUCCUCCUUGGAGACCUGAUGAUAAAGAUGGCCAUUAUGUUUUCGCCGUUGGAGAAAACCUGACUCCUCGAUACAGAAUUCUCAGUAAAAUGGGUGAAGGAACAUUUGGACAAGUCCUUGAAUGUUUGGACAAUGAAAAGCAAGAAGUUGUGGCCAUCAAAAUUGUUCGCUCCAUACACAAGUAUCGUGAAGCUGCCAUGAUUGAAAUUGACGUCCUUCAGAGACUUGCCAGGCAUGAUGUUGGUGGUGCUCGUUGUGUGCAAAUACGGAAUUGGUUUGACUAUCGUAAUCAUAUUUGUAUUGUAUUUGAGAAGCUUGGACCAAGCUUAUACGAUUUUCUCCGCAAAAACAGCUACCGUUCAUUUCCCAUUGAUCUUGUUCGGGAGCUUGGCAGACAAAUUUUGGAGUCUGUAGCAUUCAUGCAUGAUUUGCAGUUAAUUCACACCGAUUUAAAGCCGGAAAACAUUCUCCUUGUUUCAUCUGAAUAUAUCAAGGUGCCAGAUUAUAAGUUUUUAUCACGGUCUACAAAAGAUGGUUCCUAUUUUAAGAAUCUACCAAAGUCAAGCGCAAUUAAGCUCAUUGAUUUUGGGAGUACAACAUUUGAACACCAGGAUCACAGCUAUGUGGUGUCAACUCGGCAUUAUCGUGCACCAGAAGUCAUACUUGGUCUAGGAUGGAACUAUCCUUGUGACUUGUGGAGUGUGGGUUGUAUACUGGUUGAACUUUGCUCUGGUGAGGCACUUUUCCAAACUCAUGAGAACUUAGAGCAUCUUGCCAUGAUGGAGAGGGUUUUAGGGCCAUUACCCCAACAUAUGGUGCUCAGAGCUGACCGCCGUGCUGAGAAAUACUUCCGGAGGGGCACACGAUUGGAUUGGCCCGAUGGUGCAACUUCAAGAGAAAGCCUGAGGGCUGUUUGGAAAUUGCCCCGUCUGCCGAACUUAAUAAUGCAGCAUGUGGAUCAUUCUGCUGGCGAUUUGAUUGAUCUCUUGCAAGGGCUACUACGGUAUGAUCCAGCAGAGAGACUUAAAGCUAGAGAAGCACUAAGACAUCCAUUUUUUACAAGAGAUCAUAGAAGGUUUGGCUACCCUUUGUAAUUGGAGAUUGGUGAAUCAUUGUUAAUAACGAGCUUGAGCAACCUUGCAUAGCGAGGCAUAUAUUGAAUGGCAUUUUUGUCUCUAAAGAUAUUUGCAGAAUCAUAUAAUAUAAUAUGUAUAGUGUAUACUCAUUCCUAUUCCAGAACAUGCCCUAUUAGCUUCUCCUUUUUGUUUGCCCCUCGUUUCCAUUUUGUUUCUCAGCAUGUUUGUUAUCUGGUGGCCCUAUGUGAAUUGUACCCACCUGAUAAUUUCCGGUUUGCGGUCUGAUGUUCAAGAAGAGCAAUAGAAAAGUUGUGUUCAAAAUUUUUACUA